CGUCUGACAAACGCUGGACCCCUGCCCGUCGGUUGGGUCGAGGGCUGGGAUCAAUCGCAUGAACAUGCCAGCCAAAUGCCAACAGCGACGGCCGGUAGGCGGGAGUCCAGCGUUUCACAAACGCUGGACCCCCGCAAGCCGGCUUGUGAAAGGUGGGGGUCCAGCGUUCUACAAAAGCUCUACUUCUGAUUACCAACCUCCUCUUUUUUUCUUAUGGAUAUCUCCUCCAGGUAGAGGUCGUAAGGGUCCGAAUGAUGCGGAUAAGAGGUACAACAACAGGUCGAAACUGUAUCACGACAAGUUGUGGGCUCUCGACUGGGUCGGUGUGACCGGCGAGGCCGGGUGCGGUGCUGCUGUGUUUUUGACGGAGGACGACGGGGCGAUCUGGUACUGUUGUGGCGGCAUCAUCAGGUCUGAAAUUGACAAGGCCACGGCGGAGAAGGGCAAGGUCGACCAGCGAGACUUGAGGAAGUUCUUCCUCACUUCGGUGUACGAUGAGCGGGGUACCGACUGGGUCAGGACUGACCACAAGGUCAGCCUCGACCUCGGUCUGUUCAAGGGGUAUGGUCAGAAGGCAUUCGCUAUGAAAGCCUUCGACAGCAAGCGAGAUGGGAAUGCGUUGAGGAUGCUCUUACCCAUUGAAUUUCUCAGCAAGACCAACGGUUAUAGGAAAAGUGGUCAAUUCCCGACGGUCGCUGUUAGUCACCAGCUCACGUUACCUAUUGUACCGUUCGACGCUCCUGCCGAAAGUCUCGCAAGCUUAUCAGCGUGCUCUAGCGAUCGCCGGCAGGUUGUGUUGACACAACAACAACCUGUCGGCGAGAAGGAGACAAUUAUUACUUACCAGAGGCGUUCGGCCGGUGGGUCAUCAGGAAACAUUCCGAAGAAGAAGGUGGUCGUCGGACCUCCUUCGAAUCUUCCGGUGAGCUCGCGUGCUAGUGCCAGCUCAUGCUCGCGGGACACCUCUCAACGUCAAAUGGACGCGGAGUCAGACGAAGAGACGGAGGAUAAUGCACGGGUUCGGCAAGUGCGUUCCCGGUUGAUAGUGACGCCAUGGCACAUCCAGGGCGAAGGCUCUUGCGAUGUGAAUGAGCGGCGGCAAAGUGGUAGAGGUGCCGAAGCUCGGGUAAGGGACGAUGGAGAACACGACGAGGAUGAAGGGGAGUGUGGUAUUGGCGAGCGGCGAGAACACGUUCGAGGAACGGUUGACCAUAUGGAGUGGAAAAAGGUUGCCGUGAGCGGUGGGGUGGGCGGUGGCAGUGUCGAUGGUUCGGAAAUGGAAGACGAGGAAUUAGAAGACGAAGGAGGAGAUGCCAGUGUUUCCGCGGGGCUAACUUCCAAGGGGAAGGGAAAACGCACAGCGCAAUCGUCGUCGACGCCAGCUGUGCCUAAGAAGCAGGCUCGAAGAAAAGUUGUGGACAAAGCUCGGGUUGCCUUGGAUGCACCUCAAGGGACGCUUGGUGAAGCCGAUGUGAAAUGCAAAUCAAGUGCUCGGGUUCGCAAAACGUCACAACCCAGGAAGCCCGUGCGGCCAUCAAGGCGCCAGAAAUCGAACGACUCCGGCGACGAUGCUGAAGGGGUGGCCCCUCGCUUGCUCUCCCUACGACGACGAGCAGGAGACGAAGAAACCCAGUGCGGUCAAUAUGAUGCAGUGUUUUCUUCCUCCAGUACGACGACGACGGCAAAAAGAGAAGAGACCCGCCGAGGGUGGUCAUUGACAUUGUGCAGAUUCUUCCAAUUCCGGUGGGAGAUAUCGCCUUCAACCAGCGAUCGCUGAACCCGACCAUCGUUGCAGGCAUCGAAGC